AUGAGUGAAAAUACUGAUACUACUCCAAAUCCUACAGUGGAGUCAGGAUCCAGUACUGGUACGGAAAACAUACAUACAGUAUCCUCAACGGUAGACGUUCCAAAGACUGAAUCAGAUCCUGCUGCUGAAUUGAAUCAUACACAUGAUGCUCCUUCUGAAGAAGAUAAUGAAAGGACAGAGGACAAUAUAACUUCUAGCGAAGUUUCUGCUCAACCUGAGGUGAAUCAAGAAAACGAUAGUCCUAGUGAAGCUCAUACUGUAAAAACUGACUAUAUAGACAGUUUAUCUAAUACAGAAAAUGAUGGCGAAGAAAGCGCAUCGUCCACAGCUAAGAGACCAAGAUCUGAAGGCAAUGAUGAUGAAGAGAAUAACAACAAUGACGACGACGACAAUGAUGAUGAUGAUGAAGAGGAGGACGAGGAUGAAGAUGCUGCGCCAAGUAAAAGACAACGUCAAGAAAGAAACAGAUUCUUAGAUAUUGAAGCCGAAGUCAGUGAUGACGAGGAUGAGGAUGAGGAUGAAGAAGAAUCGGAAUUAGUGAAAGAAGGGUUCAUCACUCGUGACGAUGAACAUGAAGAAGAAGGACAAGGUAGAGACCGUUUACACCGUGAACUAGAUCAAAAUAUGAACAAAACAUCUGAGGAAGAUGCUCAAAGACUGGCAAAGGAAUUAAGGGAAAGGUAUGGUAGAACAAGUUCAAAACAGUAUCGUGCAGCUGCACAAGAUGGUUAUGUUCCACAAAGAUUCUUGUUGCCUAGUGUUGAUACUGCUACUGUUUGGGGUGUUCGUUGUAGACCUGGUAAAGAAAAAGAAUUGGUAAAAAAAUUAUUCAAAAAGAAGCUAAACUUAGAUAGAGCAAUGGGUAAAAAGAAAUUAAAAAUUCUUUCCAUUUUCCAGAGAGACAACUAUCAUGGUAGAAUUUAUAUUGAAGCUCCAAAACAAUCUGUUAUUGAGAAAUUCUGCAAUGGUGUUCCAGAUAUAUAUAUUAACCAAAAACUGUUGAUUCCUGUACAAGAAUUACCCCUACUUUUGAAACCUAACAAAUCAGAUGAUGUCACAUUAGAAGAAGGUAAUUAUGUUCGUAUUAAGAGAGGUAUCUAUAAGGGUGAUUUGGCUAUGAUUGACCAGAUUAGUGAAAACAAUUUGGAAGUCAUGCUUAAAGUGGUUCCUCGUUUAGACUACGGUAAAUUCGAUGAAAUUGAUCCUACAACAGGACAAAGAAAACCACGAAGAGCGACAUUCGCUAAUAGAGCUUCUCCACAAUUGUUUAACCCAACUAUGGCAUUAAGACUUGAUCAAGCAAACUUAUAUAAGAGAGAUGAUCAUCAUUUUACUUACAAGAAUGAAGAUUACAUCGAUGGUUAUUUGUUUAAAUCAUUCAGAAUCCAAUAUAUUGAAACUAAGAAUAUUCAACCAUCUGUUGAAGAACUUGCUAGAUUCAGUUCAAAGGAUGGCUCUGUGGAUCUGUCUAAUAUAUCCCAAGCAUUGAAGAAAUCCCAAGCAUCAAAGGUAACUUUCCAAUCUGGUGAUCGUGUUGAAAUUUUAGUAGGUGAACAACGUAGUUCAAAGGGUAUAGUUACAAAGACGACCACAGAUAUUGCCACAGUGAAAUUACCUCAAUUCCCACUGAAACCAUUGGAGUUCCCUAUCUCAUCUUUAAGAAAGAUCUUCGAACCUGGUGAUCAUGUUACCGUCAUUAACGGUGACCAUCAAGGUGAUGCUGGUCUGGUUUUGAUUGUAAAACAAGGUCAAGUUACCUUCAUGUCAAAUCAAACAAGACAAGAAGUCACUAUUACUGCUAAUAAUCUAUCGAAAUCUAUUGAUUCCACACCAACUUCCAGUGAAUACGCUUUGCAUGAUAUUGUUGAACUAAGUGCCAAAAAUGUGGCAUGUAUUAUCCAAGCUGGACAUGAUAUAUUUAAAGUGCUUGAUGAAGGUGGGAAAGUAUUUACAAUCAACAAAGGUUCUAUAUUGAGCAAGAUCAAUACAAACCGUUUACAAUUAGCUACUAUUGAUAGUAAAGGUAGAGAAAUUAACAUUGGUGAUAGUGUCAUAGAAAAAUUAGGUGCUCGUAGAGAGGGUGAAAUUUUAUUUAUUCAAAACCAACAAGUUUUUGUUAUGUCUAAGAAGAUUAUCGAAAAUGCUGGUGUCUUUGUCUUGAAUACAAGUAAUAUCGAGGCUGUUGCAUCAAAGGAUAACAUGAUAGGUAAUAAAAUGGAUUUGAGUAGGAUGAACCCAGAUAUAAUAUCAAAGAUGGGUCCUCCAUCGGCAAUGACUCCACGUCCUCAAGCUGGUCCAGCGCGUGAAGUUGCUGUUGGUAAGACUGUGAGAAUUCGUUCUGCAGGUUACAAGGGUCAAUUGGGUAUAGUGAAGGAUGUCAACGGUGACAAAGCUACAAUUGAACUACAUUCAAAGAACAAGCACAUUACAGUGGAUAAGAGGAAAUUGACUUAUUAUAAUCGUGAAGGUGGUGAAGGUAUUUCCUAUGAUGAGCUUGUUAAUAGACGUGGUAGAGUUCCACAAGGUAGAAUGGGUCCAAGUUACGUUAGUGCAGGUAACCCAAUGAACACUGGUAGACAGCCAGGCGAAAUGGGUAGUACAUUACCAGGUGGUAUGACACCAGGUUGGAACAAUGCCUUCGAUGGUGGUAAAACACCUGCAGUCAAUUCACAUGGUGCCGGUUCCGGUGGCACAUCUGCAUGGGGUGGUGCUUCUUCAUGGGGUGGCCAAACUGGUGGUACCUCUGUUUGGGGAUCUACUGGUGGUUCCUCAGCAUGGGGUGGUCAAGGGACUGGUGCAACCUCUACUUGGGGUGGUGCUUCUGCUUGGGGCAACAAAUCAAGUUACGGUGGUGCAUCUUCAUGGGCUGCUGGUGGUGAGAACAAUGGUGCUACCUCUGCCUGGGGUGGUGGUGCUGCCUCCACAUAUGGUGGUGCUUCUACUUGGGGUAACAAAGAAGGUGCUGGCUCUGCAUGGGGUGGUAACAGAAAUAAUAAUUCCAACGACAAUAAUAAUAAUAAUAAUAAUAAUAACCAUGAAGGUAAUGCUUCUGCAUGGGGUAACAACAACAACAACCAGCAACAAGGUAAUAGAUCUGCGUGGGGUAACCAAAAUAAUGGGGGAAACAGUUCAUGGGGUUCUACUUAG